CAGCGCGGUGUCUGCAGAGCGCUUCGCUUGUUAAUGCAAACGACACAGCAACGCAGGACUUAGUCUCUAAACCAGACCCUGCGCGACAAAAAGAUGGGCUGCAGUUUGAAAGGAUUAUUUACCCUGGCCACCGCUCUUAUUUUGUUGGAAAAUGGUUGUGGUUUCCGCUUGCCAUGGUCCAGCGAGGCCAGCAGUCAGUAUCUGAGGAGAGAGAAGCGCUGCUCAUGUAAUAAUCUGAGAGACAAAGAGUGCAUCUACUUCUGCCACAAGGACAUUAUCUGGGUGAAUACACCAGGGAGAACCACACCUUACGGUUUAGGAAGUCCAGCAACACGCCGCAAAAGAUCAACUCCAAGGUGCGAAUGUGCAAAUUCCAAGGACGGAACGUGUUCUAAGUUUUGCCACUUGGACAGCUCAAGAGACAGCAGUGUUCAACAGCAAACUGGAAAUACAGGUAGACAAUACCAAAACCCACCCCAACACCAAACCAUAAGCUCCAGUACAACGCAACACCAGAGAACUGUCCAUUCUCAUCUGUUACAGAUUUUAAGAAAAAUUGCAUCAUCAAACAUCCAGACUGUUCAACGAAAGCACUUUUUAAAGACUCGGAAUGAACUAUAUCGAGAGAGAAGGAGAUGAGCUGUCCAAAACGAGUUCACUCUUUUCCUGAGAGAAGGUGCCAUCUUUAGCUUCUGUUUCUUCUUCCAUUGAUGGCACAUGAGAUGCCAGGAGAGAACAAGAAGAUGGCAGGAGGGAUCAGAUGCCAGCUGCUGUCAAACAAUGAUGGCUCUGUUGUUGGACUGUAAGAGAAGCAGGAAUGGGGAAAGAGAUAUGGAGAUCAAGGAUGGAAGAUGAGCCUGAACGCUCUGAAGGAUUUUGUCAGAAGCCUUGUAUUUUUUUUACAUGUUUUUAAUUGAAUAGAGCAGACAUAACAGUCUGUAUAUUUACAAGGCAGCAAGGGGGUGGAGAAAAAAAUGGUUGUAUAAUACAUCUACCUCCACAAUGUGACAAUUGGUCAUCUUUGGAUAACUUCAGUGAACUGGACACAAAAUGAUAGCUGUCACUAGGACAUAGGAUCCCCAACAAUUACAACAGAACUGAAAACAUACAAGUGUUGAAGCUGAAGGUGUGAUAUAAAACAGCUUUGCAAUUACCUCAACUCCUGUUGUAAAGGACGUCUAUGCAGAUUCAUAACCAGUGAAUGAAUCACUAGGUUCUUUCUUAAUGUUGCUUACUAUGAAGCAGAAGAAGUACUUUUUGUCUGUUGUUUUUCAGUUUGUAUUUUCAUAAGUAAAUAGGUUCGGUAGAUGAUUUUAUGUCUGUUGACCAAGUAGGUGAUCGUGCAUCAUGCAGAGACAGACGCAUGGAUGUGUGAGAGCAUUGGGUACAGUGAUAAUGUUAAAAAUGACUGUGAUGCCCGUUACAGACAACCUGCCAGUGCUCACCAUUAAUUUGCUUAGAAUCAUUAAUCAAUAAUGAUCAUUGGCGAUAACAAACAAAUGCUUCAUUUGUUAAUCUAACAUUCCUCUAUCCAUUAUUUUAACACCCAUUAACCCUCCACUAAAGUAACAGAAAUGAAGUGAUGUUUGAAAGCAGUGUAUUUGUUUGCUGUUGUCACAACUGGCCACUAUCCUAUUACAUCUCAUGAAAAAUCCCCUCAACUUUAACCUUUUUACUGUCAGCAUUCUUGUUUUCAGGUAUUUGAUGAGGUUAGAAAUAAAUCUAUCACAUCCCUGUCUAUGCAUAGCUUUUCAUUCUAUAAACGAGGAACAAGAAUAGGCCACUGCAUCUGCCAUUCAAUAAGAUCACAGCUGAUCUGAUUUUAACCUGAACUCUACAUUCCUGCAUAUCCUUGAUAAUUUUAAUCAAUAAUUCAUCUACUUCUGCUUUAAAUAUUUUAAACCACACCCUUUUGAGGAAGGGAAUUCCAAUGCCAAACAACUGUCUAAGAGAAAAGACUAUCAACACAUUUUAAUAUUCAACCAUUUACAGUCUGUUUCUGCAUAGCCAAUUUCAAUGUUAAAUAUAGGAGAAGGCAGUAUAGGCAACAUUGAAUACUACAGUCUAACUAUUUCAUUAGGAUUGCACCUGCUUGCUGUGUUUAAUUAUUAGAUUUAUGACACAAAGAGUUCUUCUUUCAAAGCUUACUGAGGUAGCAAGGCCUGAGGGACUUAACAGGAACCAUAUUACAUUUAGGGUCUUGUGUUAUUUUACAUUAUGCACACCAUGCUGAAUGGGUAAUUGGCCUCUAUAUCCAUGUGAGUGGUCAUUUAAAACAUCAUUGUACUAUACUGGUUUAAGACAACUGUUAAUUUAUUAUUAACGAUCUGUUAUAUACAGUGAUAAGCUGACCCACAUUUCAGUGAUUAAAUAACUCUAAUCAAUAUUUAAUUAAUUUAUGAUUAACUGUAAAUUAUUGUAAUUCAG